UUCGGUGGUGGACGAAACUGCGGCAAACUCAAGAUGUCCGGGUCUUUUGACGAACUGGCAAAGCUGAAGCCAAUAAUCCGAAGCUUGGUGAUGUCGCACCGAAACCAGUCCAUAACGGUAAAGGAGCUGGAACGAGAUUUUAGGGAAAUGGAAGGUUUCCCCAUCCCCUAUAAACAGUUGGGCUUCACGAACCUUUUCAACCUCCUAAAUUCCAUGCCGGAUAUUGUGCAGGUUACUAUAAGAAAUGGGUAUCCAGUAGUCACUUACGUUACUGCACCGGCCGUUGAGCACGUAGCACAUUUGGUACAGCGAAACAAAAGAGGACGUGCCUCGCGUGGACGAUUAGGCUCUUCGCCCAAAAGAUACAAUCCGCGAGCUAUGGUGUCUAGAACUGAAUCCGUUACGGCAGCACAUCAUUACGAAAUGGAGCAAGGAUCAAUCACCGGUGAGCUACGCACAGCAGAUACGCGAAACGAUGCCCGUAUGAGCAAUGCAAAUGAGGAAUGCGUGGAAAACCCCUUUUCCACAGAUAAUCGGCCAGCUGUAGUGGAAGUUAUCCGUUCUACAGAGAAUGAGACAGCUGCUGUGGAAAGGAACAGUUCUGCAGGCAAUCAGUCGUCAACUGGCAAGGAAGAAAUCUACGACAGUUUGGAUGAAAGCUGUGAACAUGUGGGAACCAUGAUGGGUAGGGUCCCGUCCACCGACGAGUGGGACAUGGUCAACAUGAUGGGCCUGUCACCCGAUGUUAUGCAGCUGGGGCAUACCAUCCCAAAGACAGACGUUUCUUACUACUUUGACGAGUCGGAGGAAAUACAUGUACGCAUCCAGCACAUAUUCAACCCGAACCGUAUCUGGCUGCGUAGCGUCGCGCAGGACGCGAUAAUGAUGCAGCUGUCGAGGGAGUUGCACGAAUGCUACGAUAGGAUGUACAGUGGCGAAUGGUGCUUGGAGCCGAGCCAUGUACAGCAUGGCAUGUACUGUGCCGCACAGAUCGAUCGUAUCUGGUACCGGGCCCGAAUCGUGGGACCUCUGAUAGGGACAAACGUGAAGCUAUUCUUCAUCGACACCGGUCUGGUGGAGAACGUGAAUUAUAAGUCAGUAAAGUUCCUGUUCAAAACGUUCGGCAGUGUGCCGACGCAAGCCAUCCGUGCCUCGUUGGCAUGUCUCGUCCCAGCAGGCAACGCGUGGACCAGGGCGGAGUCGGAUACCUUGGCCUCGCUAGUAGCUUCUUACGGGGAAAAAUGUAUGGUAGCCUACACGAUGACUAUGAACCAAAAGCUCGGUGUGCUAGACAUUAUACUGAUCGAUCGAAACACGAACAAUUUGAAUGAAACGUUUGCUUCCGCAGUAAAUGCCCAAUGGAACGGAGUAUACUUUCUGACCCAAAGCCGCGAUGUGUAUCGCAGAAAGCCACCAAGCUUCAACGAAAAGCGUCCAAGCUUUUUCUGCCUUGAGGAGGGACACUUUCCAACGCUGGACGAGUUGCGUCGCUCUCAAAUGCGACAUUUUGACUUCGAAGAGUACUACACGCGUAUACCACACUUUGAGCAGAACGGUGUGGUCGAGUGCAUUUCACGUGAAACCAAUGCAGCCAUGGUUAAGCUGUACGGUAUCGUGAGUGUCAAGGACGAGCAGGAAAUGGAAAUGGACCUGACUUCACGGAACGGAACAGGCCGGAAGGUAAAGUUCGCCGUCUAAACGUUUAAGAAGAUGGUUAUCUUCGUCUACUAAUGGAGCGAUCGCGGCGCGAGAUACUUACGCUGACCAGGUUGUUGUAGGAAUCAUCGACCAGCUUGAUGUCAUCGACGGCGAUUCUGGUGAUGCAGUUGUAACGGUACUCCUCUAUGCUGACCAGACCGUCGUUGUUGAUGUCCAUCAUCUUGUAGUGAGCCUCAAUGAAGGCCUUCAUCGCCUGCAAAGCAAGACAAGGAACCGGAACCGAAAAGUGCGAAAAAUAAGCAAAUGGCGCUCCGAGAUAAGUACUUAGUUUCUAUUUUUUUGAACAUGUUAUUAACAUCUUUUUUAUAGUGAGGGACGCUUUUUUACAUCCGUUUUGAUAGCGGAAGGAGCGGAAACAAUCCCCUAUUUGAGUUGAAUUGUUACUGAAGAGUAACCAUGUUUAAUAUUUUAUAUUUACUUCCCUUUUUUCCCUCGACGCUUUAUCACAAGUAGUUUAUGUUUUCAAUUUGACAUUCAUUUAUAUAACUUUUUUGUCAUUUAUAUUCUAAAACAACUUUACUGCUUCUCAUUGCAUUAUCUGCAUCAUUUGGCUCAUUAUUGUGUGCAAUUUAUAUGAAAGACAUUUAAUUUCAAUACGAUCUUACUGAACCAUAAAUAAAUGGAAUGACUAUGGACAGAAUGGAUCUAUUCUA